UCUGCUGCACAUAUUUAUAUACAUACACUCCAGCUAAUUUAUUACAUUACUUUAAAAAAACAAAUUUCUCUUGAAGAAUUUUAAAAAAAAUAAAAUAGAAUGAAGGUGGUUCUUAUUGCAAUCUUGCUUCUUCUAGCUCUAGUUCUUGGCUCCUCAGCCAGUACUACUGCACAGUCAGGUGGUGGUUCGUGCGACGACAAGUGCGAGGCGAGGUGUUCAAAGGCGGGGUUCAAGGACAGGUGCACAAAGUACUGCGGAAUAUGCUGCAAGCAGUGCAACUGUGUGCCCUCCGGGACCUAUGGGAACAAGCACGAGUGCCCUUGUUAUAGGGACUUGAAGAACAAGAAGGGCAAGCCCAAGUGCCCUUAAUCUCUGUUACCUGCUGCCCUUCCUACCUUGCUAAAUUAACUAUAUCAAUUAUAAUAAUAAAAACCAGCCUUCAUCAAUUACUCUCUAUUAAUAAUAAUAGUACCAGCUAGCUAGAGAUGAUGAGGGCUAGUUCGUUCAUAAUUAAGAUUUAUAACAAAAAUAAUUAAGCAAUUUGUUUGAUCAAAUGCUCUGCUGUUUAGCUUCCACUGUCAUCCUAUGUUGUUGUAAUUCUUAUCAAGUGUGUUGAAUUGUACUACUACGCCGAAUAAAUAAAAUGUCCUUUU